AGCAUUUCUAGCAACUGCUAACACCACAUGUCAUGACCUAAUGCAAAACAGAAUCAGCCAGGUGACAGUUGCAAGUCCUCUAUUCCGGCACGUCAUUCAUUACAUGAUCACAACCACCGUUCAACGCGGCCACUUUUUCCUCUGUACAUCGAUCAGUUCUUCUGUUACUUGUUUAAUAUAUUUUUUUUUUGUAUCUGAGUACUUCACUUAGAACAACCAAAACAGAAAUAAAAAAUGGCUAAAAAAAUGAUGUUAGGAGUUCAAAAAAGAAAAAAAUCCACUAAAAGAAACACCAAAACAUUGCUUAAGAAAGUUGUGGAUUAUCUAAAAUCUGAUUCUUACUUGUUCGCUCCUUUGGUGUCACCUUACUCACAAACACGAAUUCUAGCUUCAAAGAUUGUCUCUGAAUCUUCUAUCAAAGGAAUAAGAAUGAAGGAAAAGAAGAAAAAUAAGAGUUUAAUGGAGAAAGUUGGAGAGUAUUUGAAGUCAGAUUCUUACUUGUAUGCUCCAAUGUUUGUACCUCAACCACUUACAUCUUCUAAUGGUGUUGGUACAUACACUAAACGGACUACUGUCGAAGUCUUCACAAGGAAAUCAAUUAGGAAGGACAAUCAAUCAACUGUUGAGACAUCAAACGUGACAUUAAAUGACCAAGUGGUCGAGGAUGAUCUUCAUGGAAGAAGUCUUUCAGGUCAACCAAAAUUAGUUCGUAAGGAAAUAGUAAAGCACAUGGUAUACCAAAGUUGUCGAUCAUCUUCUGUGUCAGGGAAAGAGAUGCUUGAUUUACAGCCAAGAAAGAUGGUAAUUGACUAAAGUAAUUGGAGAGUUGUAUAUACUGAUGUGGAGUAAUGGAAAGAGGCAAUGGUUGGGAUGGUCGCAUUUUUUGCCAAUCAGUAAUAUGUGAUCCUCUCGUACUCGGAUUCGGGUAAACAGAUACAGCCUCUGAAUCAGAUCUUGCUGUUGUAUGGAUCAGAUGCAUGUCUUGUGUUGUAUUAUUAGGGCCAAUAAUGUGAAUUUCGUCGUCGUUUUUGUUUCAAAUGGCUUAAUCGUUCGAAUAUAAUUCGACUUUCUGAUUUCUUUUUAUAUAUUUUAAACUUUAAGAUAGUCAAUUUUAUUUUAUUUUUUAA